AUGGGCCCACAGUGUUCCCAGUGCGCUCUUUUGACCUCCCUCUGUCUUCUUCUGUCUUCUUUUUGCUGUUUUGGCCAAGACUCCACUUUUGAGCUGACUUUACUUCACACCAAUGACAACCAUGCGCGGAUCGAAGAGACCAGCGUGGAUUCGGGGAAGUGUCCGGACGGUGGUGCGUGUUUCGCCGGGGUGGCCAGGUUGUUCACUAAGGUGUCGGAGAUCCGCAGAAAUGAGAAACACGUCCUGCUCCUGGAUGCUGGAGACCAGUUUCAGGGAACUGUGUGGUUCAACUAUUACAAAGGAGCCGAGGCUGCGCACUUUAUGAACCAACUGGGAUAUGAUGUGAUGGCUUUUGGAAACCAUGAGUUCGACAAUGGAAUUGAAGGUCUGAUCCAGCCGUUCCUCCAGCGGAAAAACUUCACUGUGGUGAGCGCCAACAUCAAAGUUGACCAGACCGUGGUUGCACAGCUUGGCGGCUUCUUCCAGCCCUACGUGGUCCUCAACGUGGGCUCAGAGAAGGUGGCUGUGAUCGGAUACACCACUGCAGAAACACCGUUCUUAUCUAUGCCAAGUCGACACCUAACGUUUGCGGAUGAAGUGGAAGCUCUUCAAGUUAAUGUCGAUAAGCUGCAAACGUUGGGUUAUAACAAAAUCAUCGCCCUGGGACACUCUGGGUUUGACAUGGACAAAGAGAUCGCCAAGAGAGUGAGAGGAGUGGACGUUGUCAUCGGUGGACACACCAACACAUUUCUCUACACUGGAACACCUCCAUCUACUGAAAUACCUGUGGGCCCUUACCCUUUUAUUGUGACAUCUAAUGAUGGGAAAAAGGUGCCAGUGGUCCAGGCCUAUGCCUUUGGGAAAUACCUCGGAUAUCUGAAAGUUACCUUCGACAAGGCUGGUAAUGUGAUAAAAGCGACAGGAAAUCCCAUCCUAAUGGACAGCAGCAUACCUCAAGAUCCAAAUAUCCUUGCUGAUGUUAAUGAGUGGAAGAAAGGCUUAGCUCAGUACUCCCAACAGAACGUCGGACAGACUUUGGUUUACCUCAAUGGGACGUUUGAGGAAUGCCGAUUUCGGGAGUGCAAUCUUGGGAAUCUGAUCUGCGAUGCUAUGAUUUAUCACAAUGCAAAGUAUUCCAGUGAUAUGCAGUGGAAUCUGGUGGGCCUAUGCAUGCUGAACAGUGGGGCCAUACGUGGACCUAUCGAUGAGCGCUACAAAAACGGUUCUAUUACAAUGGAGGACAUCCUUACUGUUUUACCAUUUGGAGGAACCUUUGACCUGGUCCAGAUGAAGGGAUCAACAGUGAAAAAGGCCUUUGAACACAGCAUUCACAGAUACGGAGGCAUGUCGGGGGAAUUUCUCCAGGUGUCAGGCAUUCACGUGAAAUACGACCUAUCUCGCCCAGUAAACCAGCGUGUAGUGUCCUUGUCCAUGCUCUGCACUCACUGCCGCGUCCCCAAGUACGAGCCCUUAGACCCGGAGAAGACGUACACCAUAGUGAUGCCUGCGUACAUGGUGGACGGAGGUGAUGGCUUUACAAUGAUCAAAGAAGAGCUGCUGAAGCAUAACACAGGUGAUAUGGACGUUGCUGUUUUUUCUAAAUACAUCUCGGACAUGAAGCGUGUGUACCCUGCUGUGGAAGGUCGCAUCACGUUCGCAAACUCAGCGUUCUUUAAAUCCUCCAGUGUUGGUUUGAUACUUCUGGGUUUAUGUCUGUUGCUGAUGCUCUGAGGGAAACUGGAGUUCGGCGACUCCUCUGGGACUACACUAACGGUCCUUAUCUUGAUGCUCUUCAGGAUAAUCAGAGGAAAAUUGGAUUAUAGGGUAGAUUCAGUGUAAAAGGCGAAAAGGGGAAUUGAUGACAAGAAAUGAACAACACAUGUUAUUUUGGUGAUGGAACUUUAUCCCUCUUACCAAUAUAGAAGUCCAGUUUUUAAAAAUUAGAAGCAUAUGAUCACAGAAAUGGAAUAUGACAUUCUUAAUUAUAUUUUUAUUAUUGUAUAAAUGUCUGAACAUGUAGGUUGUUGUAUUUUCUCGACCAGAAUGAGCCAUUUAUAUCAAAAGAAGAAGCAUCUCACCUCUCCCAACAUGAUUCUUCAGCUUAGAAACUUCUUUUUCUGCCUUUUUAUACUUAUGUUUGGAUGUAGUUCAAAUUAAUCAGCCUUAAAACCUAAGACAGGGGUGUCAAACACAUUUUAGUUCAGGGGCCACAUACAGCCCAAUAUGAUCUUAAGU